AUAAAGCUACGUCACAUCCGCUCAACGCAGACGCGGUGUUCGCUUCCUGUCAUUUCAUCUCUGUUUGAUUUGAUUUGUUCAUCUUCGCUCGCCUGCUGCUCGGUUUAUUAAUGGCGUGUCCUUCUAACAGCACAGCGGAUCUGAACCCGGCCCUCCUCCCUCUGGACUGGCUGCUGGGUACCUGGGAGUCUGAUGAACCCGGCGAGGGCUGUUUUACGACCAUCAAACCUUUCCGCUACACAGAGACACUGACCUUCAGCCACGUGGGACAACCAGUCAUCAACUUUAUGUUCAAUGCCUUCCACGCGGAGAACAAGAAGCCUCUGCACAGGGAGUGUGGCUUCAUUCGAAUGCAGCCGGGAUCCAACAGAGUGGCCUUCAUGAUCGCACAGAACUCGGGUCUGGUGGAGAUCGAGGAGGGGGAGCUGACAGGGCAGCAGCUGAACCUGCAGAGCCAGGCGCUGGCCAGAGUCUCCUUUGCCAGAGAGCCGCAUGUACAAAAGGUUUCUAGAGUGAUUCAGCUCCGACCAGAUGGGAGGCUGGAGCAGACAGUUUCCAUGGCAACAGAUAACGAACCACUGAUGCAGCACUUGCACAUCACCUACCGUCGGCAGGCUGCCUUUACUUAGAAGCACUUUCCAAGAAGGAUAAAUGUUUCUCCAAUAAGGGGACAUUGUGGAUGAUCAGGGUUCAUCAAAUAAACAGUUUGAGUUCUACAUUAAUACAAUACAUGAAAAAACGGGAAGUUGUAUAAGGCACUUCAAAGCUAGAUUUAAUGUUACUGUCAAAGGGUCCCGUGGAGUUUACGUCAAGCUUUAUUUUCCAAAACAUGAUUAUCCGCACGCUUCGGCUUACAUAUUUCUUAGUAUGUUGGUUUUACCACCACCGGCAGGUCAGAGGAACAGAGUGAGACUACCACUAGAGGUCUAAACUCCAGAGAAAACCCUUUUUAAUCUAAAAAUAAAUAUAAUAUAUUGCACCGGAGGGGCUUGCUUUAGAAUGGGUAUUUGCCUUAUCUUAAUAUGUAUUGCCUGGAUAGUUAUUCUCUGAGCUGUAAAGCUCAUAAAGCACUGAUGAAUUAAUGUUAAUUAAGGUUUCCUCUUCUCUCUAACCGGUUGCACUAUUUUAAGACCGGAAGCUCAACUACUUGUCUGAGCCCGAAAAACAACAGUGGGUCUGAAGAUCCUUUCAUGUGACUCAGCAGGAUCAUUGUAUGUCGUUCAGUAGACCGGUUCAUAUACAUGUAAGUCUAUGGGAGCAAUAAGAGAAAUUAAAGUUAUUUAACCUAUGA